UGAGAGAAAAACGCAAGAGUCUCUUCAUUAACCAUCAUCCUCCAGGCCAGACAUCAAGGAAGUACAGCUCCUGCUCCACCAUCUUCCUAGAUGACAGCACAGUCAGUCAGCCAAACCUCAAGUACACCAUCAAAUGUGUAGCUCUUGCGAUAUAUUACCACAUCAAAAACAGGGACCCAGAUGGAAGGAUGCUCUUAGAUAUUUUUGAUGAAAACCUCCACCCUCUUUCGAAAUCCGAAGUGCCACCAGAUUAUGACAAACACAACCCAGAACAGAAACAGAUUUACCGGUUCGUUCGGACACUGUUCAGUGCUGCUCAGCUGACAGCUGAAUGUGCCAUUGUCACCCUGGUAUACCUUGAAAGGCUCUUGACGUAUGCAGAGAUUGACAUCUGUCCAGCCAACUGGAAGCGCAUUGUUCUGGGAGCAAUCCUGCUGGCCUCUAAGGUGUGGGAUGACCAGGCUGUGUGGAAUGUAGAUUACUGCCAGAUCCUGAAAGACAUCACAGUGGAGGACAUGAAUGAGCUGGAGCGACAGUUCCUAGAAUUGCUACAGUUCAAUAUCAAUGUUCCUUCCAGCGUAUAUGCCAAGUAUUAUUUUGAUCUCCGUUCUCUGGCAGAGGCAAACAACCUGAGUUUUCCCCUGGAGCCCUUAAGCAGGGAGCGUGCCCACAAGCUUGAGGCUAUCUCUCGUCUCUGUGAGGACAAGUACAAGGACCUGAGAAAACCCACGAGGAAGCGUUCAGCAAGUGCUGACAACCUGAUUCUGCCACGGUGGUCCCCAGCCAUCAUCUCCUAACUGGGGCACCCUCCUGAGGCCAUGCCAUCCCUCAGUUUCUCCUUUUGUUUGAGAAAAGAUGAACUUGGGGUGGUUUGUUUUUCUCUUUUCCUUCUGUUUUUAACACCUAGCCCCAUCAAGGCUGCCUUCACGCCCGCCUCCAUGCUGCGUUCUGUACGCAGAGAGGCUUUAAGGGACGUGAAAUCAGUGUUCUGGAACCCAGUAUCAAGCCUUCUUGGCCAUUGUGAACAGCACUUCUUUCAUGGAGGAAAAAGACUCUAAUCCUGGAGGAGGAAAUGAAGGAAAGGGAAGUUGUGUUAAAGCAGAGAGUACUUGAUACUGUUUCUGGGUCCCUGUCUGGUUAUAGAUACCAGUUGGAGCCAGAGGUAGGUAGCAGAGUUGAAUGCCCAUCCAAGUCGGGAGAUGCACACUGUGCCCUUGGAAUGGGUAUGCUCUAUAAGACUUCCUGCAUUCCUUCUCGCUGCUUUCCUGGGACUGGGGAGGGGAGUUGUUUGUUCAUUUUUAUUCUGGUUUGGUUUUGAUCCCACAGAGCAGAGAAUAUAGUUUGUACCCACCAUGGCACAGACAUCCAAAUAAAUAGUACUGAUUGUUUAUCUCUGCACCA